AUGGCGAACUUUUGUCUUGGAAUGUGUUUUGGAUGGACCUCUCCCAUCUUACCAAAACUAAGAGAUCAGGCAGCAGACAGCCCGCUUUCUUAUGGAUUAACAACAGAAGAGGAAGGUUGGAUAGGCUCACUUAUUUCGAUUGGAGCCUUAGCAUCUUCUUUUGGAAGUGGACAUUUGGGUGCAAUAAUUGGAAAGAAACCGACAUUAAUAUUGUCUGGUGUCUCGUGUGGACUUAUAACUGCCACUUUACCAAUGUAUAUUGGAGAAGUAUCAACAGAUGGCAUUCGUGGAGCACUUGGCUCAAGUUUAAGUCUUUUUUUCGCAGGUGGAGUUUUGUACGUUUAUUGCAUUGGUCCUUACGUCAGUUACAUUAUCAUGCAGUGGUGCUGCCUUGCUAUUCCGACGAUCCUCUUAAUAGCUUUCAUCUUUAUACCCGAAACACCCUAUUAUUUGGCGAAAAAAGGACGCAAAUCGGACUUAAAGAAAUCUUUGGAGUUCUUGCGUGGACAUAAAGGAAAAAUUAUUGAAGAUGAGAUGAACGAAAUUCAGACUUCAGCUGAUGCCGAUACAAGUAAAAACGGAUCGUCUUUGGAUAUUUUCCAUGACAAGGCUUGUGUUAAAGCCUUAAUCAUAAUCUGUGGACUCUUCAUUUUUCAACAGUUAAACGGAUUUUCCGCAAUCACAUUCAAUAGUCAAACAAUUUUUUCAAAAGCAAAAUCAACCCUCGACCCAUCAGUGGCUACAAUAAUUUUGGGUUUCACAAGAAUGAUUGCAAACUUGAUUCCUCCAUUUAUUAUUGAAAAAACUGGACGCAAAUCAAUUCUUUUGAUAUCAGCUCUAGGAAUGAGUUUAUCAUUGUUUGCUUUGGGUGUUUUCUUUUACAUUGAUGCAUUUGGUGAUGCCUCGCAUAUCUUAUGGAUUCCAAUACCCUCGUUAGUAAUUUUCAAUAUCUUUUUUUCAAUUGGAUUUAGUCCAGUGCCAUGGGCUAUGAUGAGUGAAUUAUUUCCAUCAAAUGUCAAACCGAUGGCUGCAUCUCUGGCAUCUAUGAGUAAUGCACUAUCGACAUUUUUGAUGACACGUUGGUUUCCUGAACUAAAUGCUUUGGGUGCAUAUUAUUCGUUCUUUUUGUUUGGAAGCUUGACGGUGGUUUCAAUGUUUUUCACAGUUUUUUAUGUAAUCGAAACAAAAGGAUUAAGUAUGAAAAAAAUCCAGGAAAAACUUCGAUCGUAG